AUGUCGACCAACGAGGACUUUGUUUGCGCUUUGUGCCAUGAGCUGAUUUACGAACCAGUGGUGCUGCCCUGCUCACAUGCGUUCUGCAGGGCCUGCCUGGUCGACUGCCUCCACCGCGGUCCCAGUUCCCGGCGCUGCCCCCUCUGCCGGAAGCUGCUCCAUGCGACGAGCAAGGAGGACUUGGUACCCUGCGCCGCAUUUGGCACGCUCCUUGCCGAGCGCUUCCCAGAGGAGUAUGCAAGCCGUGCGGCAGCAGAGAAGGCUGCAGCCGAGCCUGAAACAGAGGGCUCAGCGUCGGAUGGUCAGGAGGAGCUGCCCCUUUUCGUGUUGGAAUCCAUUCUUCCACUGCAGCGGCUGCACUUGAACGUUUUCGAGCCUAGAUAUCGCGCGCUUGUGCGCGUCGCGCUGCAAAGCGGUCGGCGCUUUGGUUUGGUCGGAUUUGAUGUCAGUGGCAGUCAUCUCAAGCACGGCGUCGAAGCUGUCAUAGAGGUUUGCGAGCAGACCCACGAUGGCAGAUUUCAGCUGCAGAUUGUCGCAAGCAGGCCAUUUAAGAUUUUGGAGGCCAGCCUGCACGAAAGUGGCUACCUGUUGGCCACUGUCCGCUUUCCCACCACGGAGAAGGUGCCCGCCUCCGAAGAGGUAGAGACAGCGGAAUCUCUGCUUCCGGAUUUGGAGGAGUGGCAGGGCUUCGUCCGCGCUGAGCGGCCGCACCAGCUCGAGGGCAUCUUACGACAACUUGGCCCGCGACCCCCCUGCACACAGCCAGGAGCCAUGGCGCUUUGGGCGGCAGCACUGCUGAACCCUUUGCCGCCCCUUGGGGUCGCGCCAGAACUCCGUGCGGACGUGCUGGCUGCCGAAUCUGUGGCUGCGCGCUUGCAGGUUGUGAAGCGAGGACUCAAAGCCUCGCUGGAACACCUCCGUCUGCUGGCGAACUCUCCAGCACGGCGGUGGAUUCUCAUGUUUACACGUCUCCCUGCACCCGUUGCCUUGACGGCGGUUGUGGUGGUGGCCUGCAUUGUCUCGGCAGCCUUUCCCGGACAGGCAAGAAGUUGA